AUGCUACUCAUGAUACUUCCGUUCGUAAUGCCCCAGCCUGGGAUGUCGUACUGCCUGGCAGUGUCGCCGACAGUAAUAUUAUCGGUGAUGUUCGUCGUGUUGUAUUUAGUGGACCAAGUGCAUGACCUAGCCGAACAGUUGUAUAUAUGCAUACAGAUAGUAUUAAAUAUAAUUGCGCUUGUACUGAAUUUAAUGUCUAACACAGCGUCGGGUGCCGUCUUCUCUUUGUUUCUUGCACAUUUGCUAAUUGCUAUAUGUAUAGAUCUAUACUACGUUAUUCAAGAGAGAGGUUUCGCAUUACUCCACUAG